GUACCCGUACUCCACACCGCAGACAGACAGCCAGCCAGCGCAGGCAACCGGAGUGUGAAGGAAUUAUGAUAAAUACGCAAUAAUUUUGUUCCCUUUCUGCUACCAACGUCACCGCAUUCGAGUGUAAUUCAAUCCGAAAUACCAGAUCUCGCCUCGGUUCCGCUAGGAUGAGACGUUCCCAGCGAUAGGAGAACGGAAAAAGGCAACCUCAUCAGUUCAGAUUUGAACGUCGUGUCGUCUCAGUCGCCGUAGAUUUUCCAGACUGCAGAGCCGUAGAAAUGGCGGCGCUGCCACCGCGUAAAAAUCUUACGCCAACGAAAAUCUCCAAGCAGCACCUGACGCCGCUGCAGAUCCUGCUGCAGAUGGGAUUCCCGAAGCACCGGGCCGAGAAGGCGCUGGCCGCCACCGGAAACCGUGGCGUGCAGUUGGCCUCCGACUGGUUGCUGGCGCACGUCAACGAUCCGUCGCUGGACGAGUGCUCGCCCCGGGAGUACAUCCUGUAUGCGUGUCCGACGGGAUCGUUCCUCCAGCAGCUGGAGAGCUUCUGGGCUGAAUCGCGGGAGGUGUGCGGCUGGAACGGAGCCCACAACUUUACGCCCCACAUUACGCUGGUGUCGUUCUUCAAAGCGCCGGACGAGUGCGCUCCCCAGCUAUCGAAAGCCUUGAAGGAGCUGAUGAAUCUGCCGGGAGCGCACAUCGACCGGCCCAUCGCUCUCGAACUGUACACCAGUCCCAACUUUAUGGGGUUCUUCGUGGCCGAAGACGAUGCCAACUACUUGAAACGGAUAGCUCUGCAGUACGUUAAGGAAGUGUCCCAUUCCAUAAUCAGCGACACCUACGAGCAGUUAGACGCGCUAGUUACCUGUUUUCCAUGGUGCGGGGGAGUAACAUCAGCUCGUUGCAUACCACGUAGCAGCCGAUCGAUUUCCCUAGAACCGCACGUCAAGUCGUUGCACCUGACGCUGGCCUACCAGUUUCCGUCGAGCCAGUUCAACGCGCUUAAGCAGCUCGUGGAAGGACUGGACACGUCCCACACCGGCGCCAACUGGGAGCUGCGGCUGUACUCGCGCGAUUCCCGGUUGGCCACCAAGCAGGUCCACAAAGUGCUGUACCCGCACACGCCUCGCGAGCCGGACGAGCUGGAGCUGCGCAUCGGCGACUAUAUCUACCUCAGCCCGGAAGCGAUCCAAAACUCGUCCGACGGCUGGGUCGAGGGCAUCUCCUGGCUGACCGGUACCAACGGGUACCUGCCGGAGAACUACACCGAGCGCACGGCCGAGUCCGACGCGUGGACCAUGCACCGAACCGUUCCCCUGUGCGACGUCGUAUCGCCCGACCUGGACCCGCCGUCGGACACGGUGGACGGUGCCGCUGGACUGCGGUUCGAUCUGCCGGUGGCCAACAGCGAGCACGAUAUCGAUUCGCAGGAAACUUUAUCGAUAGGUCACGCCGAGGGACAACAUCAGCAGUUGGUAGAAGACAUGCAGCAGCAACCACAAGUGGACGGAAAGAUGAAGGACGAAAACGUGCCGGCGGAUAAGCUGUACGAGUUGAUGAAGAAACGGACUGCCAUGUCGGUAAUCGGCGAUCAGAGUGAGCAGGGUGUUCGGAUGACGCAGGAACCGGACGGGGUUAUUCCGAAGAGGCGGAUCUACGUGCUGCGUCACGGCGAGCGGAUUGACUUCACCUUCGGAACGUGGAUUCCAUACUGUUUCGACGAGGCAGGCAACUACAUCCGGAAGGACUUGAACAUGCCAAAGUGUUUACCUCACAGGAAAAGUACUCUCUGGCAGCGGGAUUCUCCACUGACCAACAUGGGUCGCUACCAGGCUCGGCUGACCGGGGAAGCAAUGAAGGAUGCAGGCGUUAAGAUCGACCACGUGUACAGUUCGCCAUCGUUUCGCUGUAUUCAGACUACCACGUCGAUUCUGGAAGGACUUGGACUCAAAGAGAGCCGCCCAAUCAACGUUGAACCAGGGCUGUUCGAGUGGAUGGCCUGGUACCAGGAUGGCCUUCCGGAAUGGAUGUCCAAAGAAGAACUCACGGCAGCGGAUUACAACAUAACCAUGGAGUACGAACCGUUAUCCAAAGCGGAAGAUCUGAAGGGAAAACAGCAGGAGGGACUCGAGGAGUUCUACCAGCGAAACUCGGACGUAACAGAGCAUCUUAUCAAGAGCACAACUGGUAACAUCCUCAUCGUUGGCCACGCGACAACCCUGGAUACCUGCACGAGGCACAUCGUAGGCGAGAAGCUACGCUCGACGAACGACAUGAGCAGGAUCAUGCAGAAAGUUCCUUACUGUAGCAUGGCUGUGAUCGAGUCGGCGGACGGUCUCACCGGGUGGCGACUGGUGGAACCCCCGUGCGAUCCCAUUACCCACACCAAUAAUAACCGGUUUGAUUGGAAGAUUCUGACCUGAGACGCUCCCGAGCGAUUAAAUUAAUACGUAUUCGAUGCAAUUGGAAAGCUCUGCAAAACAACUCUUGUUUUUAACUGCAAAAUUCCCAUCGCUAAACUAAAGGAACUUCAUUAAAAUAAAUGCGCAUGUGACAGUUUAUAUAGUUAUAUACACAACUAUUUAUAUUAUGGCGUAAACAAAUACUCAAAUAUAUAUAUAUUACUUAUUAAAACUA